AGUCAUUAUUGAGUCAAAUAUAAAUCUGCCCGGCGCCACCAAGCUUUAGACUGCUUCGCUUCCUCUUGAAGAAAGAAGUUCACUGCUGCAAUCAGAAAAAUUGGUUGGAUCUUCAGAGGAGCACAAUGGGGAAACUUAUCACAGCACUGGGCGUUCUGCUCGUUUUACACAUCGCCUCAUCCAAUAAACUGGUGUGCCACAUGACCAACUGGGCCCAGUACAGGCCCAGCAGUGCCAAAUUCACCGCGGACAACAUUGACCCCUUCCUGUGCACACACGUCAUCUACGCUCUGGCCUCCAUCAACAGCUUCAACCAGAUCAGCCCAGUCGAGUGGAACGAUGAGCAGCAGUUCAGCAGGCUCAACAACCUCAAGAAUGUUAAUCCUGCUCUGAAGACUCUGCUGUCUGUCGGAGGAACAGUCAAUGGAAUCAGCCCGUUCAUCGGCGUGGUUGCCAGACCAGAGGGCCGUGCAGCCUUCAUCAGGUCAGCCAUCAGCUACCUCCGCACCCAUAACUUUGACGGGCUGAACUUGGCCUGGGAGUAUCCAGGACAGAACGGCAGCCCAAGCAGUGACAAGGAGAGGUUCACUCUGCUGGUCACGGAACUUUCCAAGGCUUUUGAGGACGAUGCCAAGGACAACAGGAAGACUCAGCUGCUGCUAUCAGCCAACGUGGCUUCUUUCCGUUCCACCAUCGACAGAGCCUACGAGGUCGAAAAGAUUGCACAUCCCCUUGACUUCAUCAAUGUCAUGACCUAUGACUACCAUGGACACUGGGAGGGAGUUACUGGACAGAACAGCCCACUGUACCGCAGUUCUGUGGACUCCGGCUCACACGUUCAUCACAACAUCAACUCUUCCAUAUCCCACUGGCUGGCUCUGGGAGCACCAUCCGAGAAGUUGCUGCUGGGUUUCCCCACCUACGGACGAACCUACCGCCUUACCACCGGUGCUUCCGGCCUAGGAGCACCGUCUAAUGGUCCCGCAGAUGCCGGACCCUACACUCGCACUGCCGGCUUCUGGUCCUUCUAUGAGAUCUGUAACUUCGACUCCGGUGCUAUUGUUGAAUGGAUCCCUGAACAGGAGGUUCCUUAUGCCACCUAUGGAAGCUCCUGGGUGGGUUAUGAUGACAAGCGCAGCUAUUCUUCCAAGGUCCAGUGGAUGACUAACAACAACCUGGGAGGUGCCCAUGUGUGGACUCUGGACAUGGAUGACUUUGGUGGAUACUUCUGUGCAGAUGGAACUUAUCCUCUCAUCAACCACCUCAGGAUGUCAAUGGGCUUCGCCCCAAAGCCCACCACCACCAAAGCCCCCACCACCACCCGGGACCCCGUUGCAGAAUUCUGCAGUGGCCGCCCCAAUGGCCUGUAUGAGAACGUGUCUGACAAGACCACCUACUUCCAGUGCUUCCAGGGAAACACGUACCUGCAACGGUGCCAGUCCGGCCUCAUCUACUGGGACUCCUGCAAGUGCUGCAACUGGCCCUGAGCCACAGACUGAACUACGAGCACACACCAAGUCCCUGAAUGUCCAGCCUCGUAAUGCUGGGCUACAACGGGAACCAAACUUAACCAAUAAAGAAAUUGCUCUUUGCAGUUAGCUCACUGCUUUCUUCAAACAAAUUAAACAAAAUCUACUAACCCAAUGAAUGAUAUGACAUUUUGAAAUGUAUACUGCUUCCCUACAUUAUUCCUUAAUUUGAUGAUUUGUGUCGACUCUGCAAUUACACACACACCUGUGUUAUAUUCUACUAUAUGUCUCUCCACAGACUUUGUAACAAUGGGUGGAUUAUGAAUAAAGUGUCUGUAAGGGCUGUGUUGAAAA